GUGAAGGCCGGCAAGGAGGUAACAAAGAACGCGAUCCGUUCAAUGGCCUUCCUCACCUCUGAGAUUAUCACGCAGUUUGCAGUUGGAAUGAACCCCAAGGGAUCUGAGAACAGUAAUGCCAAUUCAAACAAUCCAUCGGCCACAAACAGCGUCAAACACCUCUCGCUGGAUUCUCAGCAGGACCAGUACCCACCACCCCUAUCCCGCACCCUCUCCCUCUCCCCGCCCACAAGCCCUCUUUGGACAAGGCUCAAUCCAAGUUAG